AUGCUCCUGAAGCCUAUCAUCGACUCUGUUUUACUUACAUUUCACACAAUCCGGACUCUCCGAGGGUAUACAGAGCGGGUACUUGUCGCCGAGAGCGCAGCAGCAGCCGAGAGCGCAGCAGCCGCUGAGAGCGCGUCCACCGCUGAGAGCGCGUCCGCCGCUGAGAGCCCAUCCGCCGCUGAGCGCGCAUCCGCCGCGGAGGGCACACCUGCCGUUGCCGCUGGGAACGCACCUGUCCCAUGCCAAACGAAGGAGGACGCACUGAGAAAGAUUUUGUGCUUGAUGGCUGCGAUGGAGAAACUACUCAUGGCAAACCAUUGGGCUCUGUCUGGGGACGAUGCCGAAAAAAUCGUAGCGAAGAUUCGCAAGUUCGCCUCCUCGUUUCUGACACGUCAGACGUUGUCUAAGAUACUACUGUGCAGGGCUCACCGUCACGCCGAACUGGCAGACUCUUGGCUCACAAGUAGCUCAUCUGCACGGAGAAUGGCCGCGAUCACAGCGAUGGACAAAGCAGAGGUCCAAAUAAUUUCGGACCUCGCGAUAGAGGCCGUAAAGGCAUACAGGCUUUGCCUUGAGGAUCUUAGCUCCGGCAACGCUCGAGCACCAAUUCCCUUAUCCGGACAAAAAUCUCUUCCCCAGGCAACGGCGCAAACGAUGGCCAGACUGGAGGAUGGCGUCAACGACUUAUCGACCGCAAGCGCCAUGCCAUCUGGUUUCAACAUGCAUCUAUCCCGGCCCUCAGGGGCUGAUCCAGGAUUACUACGACUAAGCUUUUCAGAAGAUAAUGAGAACGUCACGGUCGUAGAGCCAAUCUUCGAGACCUUACCGGAUGUACCGAUAUCUCGCGAGGGGACACCGGGCCACUGUGAAGGGGAGGGACACAAGGCCGCGACAAUGGGCCAGGCCGCGGAUGUUGUCCAAUCCGUACUCCAAUUUGCGAAGACUAUGCUCAGAAUACUGGGCCAUGCGCAAACGGGGAGUACAGAAGAGCCUGUGGAUGUCGCCAUUCCGAGGGAGGCAUGA